CGCCCCCCACACUGCGGAACCAUUUCCGGGGUCAGGGCAUUCCGGCCCGCCCCGCCGCCGGUGCAGUGCUGGAAGCUCCGGGUCUCCCGGAAGUGGCCCGGGUCUCUCUGUGGGGGUCCCCUCCACCCCCCCUGCUGCUGAAGGCCGCGGGGGCGGGGGCGAUGGCGGAGGCGGCGCUGCUGCUGCUGCCCGAGGCGGUGGCGGAGCGGGACGCUCGGGAAAAGCUGGCUCUCUGGGAUCGGAGAGCGGACACGACGGCGCCGCUGACCGACCGGCAGACGGACUCGGUCCUGGAGCUGAAGGCGGCGGCAGAGAACCUGCCGGUGCCAGCCGAGCUCCCGAUUGAAGACUUGUGCAGUUUAACGUCCCAGUCACUGCCCAUUGAACUGACUUCAGUCGUGCCUGAAUCCACAGAAGACAUUCUCUUGAAGGGCUUCACCUCCUUAGGAAUGGAAGAAGAAAGAAUUGAGACCGCACAGCAGUUUUUCUCAUGGUUUGCAAAGCUGCAGACUCAGAUGGAUCAAGAUGAAGGAACCAAAUAUAGACAGAUGAGGGAUUACUUGUCUGGGUUUCAGGAGCAGUGUGAUGCUAUACUGAAUGAUGUAAACAGUGCUCUUCAGCAUCUGGAGUCUUUGCAGAGACAGUAUCUUUUUGUGUCCAAUAAGACAGGAACCCUACAUGAAGCCUGUGAACAGCUCCUUAAAGAACAGUCGGAACUUGUUGAUCUGGCUGAAAACAUUCAACAAAAGCUUUCCUAUUUUAACGAAUUGGAAACUAUUAACACAAAAUUGAAUUCCCCUGCAUUGUCGGUGAAUAGUGAUGGAUUUAUACCUAUGCUGUCCAAGUUGGAUGACUGUAUAACAUAUAUCUCAUCUCAUCCUAAUUUUAAAGAUUAUCCUGUCUAUUUGCUGAAAUUUAAACAGUGUCUUUCUAAAGCCUUGCACCUCAUGAAGACAUACACUGUGAACACACUACAGACCCUCACAAAUCAGUUACUGAAAAGGGAUCCUUCAUCUGUACCUAAUGCAGACAAUGCCUUCACAUUAUUUUAUGUGAAAUUUCGAGCUGCCGCCCCCAAAGUCAGAACUCUUAUUGAACAAGUAGAGCUGCGAUCUGAAAAAAUACCUGAAUACCAGCAACUGCUCAGUGAUAUCCACCAGUGUUACCUUGAUCAGCGGGAGCUCCUUCUGGGCCCUAGUAUAGCUUGCACUGUUGCAGAGCUAAGCAGCCAAAAUAACAGAGACCACUGUGCCUUGGUUCGUAGUGGCUGUGCCUUCAUGGUUCAUGUCUGCCAGGAUGAACACCAACUUUACAAUGAAUUUUUCACAAAACCAACAUCAAAAUUAGAUGAGCUUUUGGAGAAACUGUGUGUGUCAUUGUAUGAUGUCUUCAGACCAUUGAUCAUUCAUGUUAUUCACUUAGAGACUCUGUCGGAACUUUGUGGGAUUCUUAAAAAUGAGGUGCUUGAAGAUCAUGUGCAGAACAAUGCUGAGCAGCUGGGGGCGUUUGCCGCUGGAGUCAAGCAGAUGCUGGAAGACGUUCAGGAGCGGCUUGUCUACCGAACCCACAUCUACAUUCAGACGGACAUCACGGGCUAUAAACCGGCUCCUGGAGAUCUGGCCUAUCCCGAUAAGUUAGCCAUGAUGGAGCAAAUUGCACAGAGUUUGAAAGAUGAGCAGAAGAAGGUACCUUCGGAAGCUUCAUUUUCAGAUGUUCAGUUAGAAGAAGGAGGGUCUAAUAGUCUGACAAAAUCCGGUUCAACAGAGUCCCUCAAUCCUAGACCACACACCACAAUUUCUCCAGCGGAUCUUCAUGGAAUGUGGUAUCCUACGGUUCGAAGAACUCUUGUCUGUCUCUCCAAAUUAUACAGAUGCAUAGAUAGGGCAGUGUUCCAAGGAUUGUCCCAGGAAGCCUUGUCUGCCUGCAUUCAGUCCUUACUGGGAGCGUCAGAGUCAAUCAGCAAAAACAAGACUCAAAUUGAUGGACAACUUUUCUUAAUUAAGCACCUUUUGAUACUUCGUGAACAAAUUGCUCCAUUUCACACUGAAUUCACCAUUAAGGAAAUUUCCCUGGACCUCAAGAAAACUAGAGAUGCGGCAUUUAAAAUCCUGAACCCUAUGACUGUUCCAAGAUUUUUUAGGCUGAAUAGCAACAAUGCCUUGAUAGAGUUCUUGUUGGAGGGAACCCCUGAGAUAAGAGAACAUUAUCUUGACUCUAAAAAAGACGUAGACCGUCAUCUGAAAUCAGCCUGUGAGCAGUUUAUUCAGCAGCAGACCAAGCUGUUUGUGGAGCAGCUGGAGGAGUUCAUGACGAAGGUUUCAGCGUUAAAAGCAAUGGCCAGUCAGGGAGGCCCCAAGUAUACUCUGUCACAGCAGCCUUGGGCACAGCCAGCAAAGGUCAGUGACCUCGCGGCAGCUGCGUAUAAGACAAUAAAAACGAAGCUGCCUGCGACGCUGAGAAGCAUGUCCUUGUACUUGUCCAAUAGAGACACCGAGUUCAUCUUGUUUAAGCCAGUGAGGAAUAAUAUUCAGCGAGUCUUCCAGAAGUUCCACGUCCUGCUGAAGGAAGAGUUCAGCCCUGAGGACGUCCAGAUCAUUGCCUGUCCGUCCAUGGAGCAGCUGAGCCUCCUGCUGUCAGUUUCUAAAUAAGCAGGCCCGCCGGGGUGUGCACCUGAACCACCUGUCUGGGAGGAGCAGGCUGAGAAGUCUGGCAGUCUGCAGGACACCGAGGGAUUGGAUGUGGGAGUGUCCCCGAGAACCACGCUGCCCGGUGCUGACUGCAGAAUGAAAUAGAAUAAAGUGUUACAAGAUCGAUGUUUUCUUCUCUAAAACAUCAAAAUGCCAAAGAUUAAUCUGUGAUUGGCGAUAACUGCCUCAUUUAAAUGGUCACAAGAAAUGUGAAGAGAGAGCUAGGGCAGACACGCAGUGAGGUGGUUCUGGUAAAAGAUGUGCAGUAGACAUAGGUUACAGUAAAUAGUGCCGAGAACUUUACAGAAAAGCAGCCUCGCUAAAACGUGAAACACUGUAACACUUUUAACCACUGAGCAUUCCACAGUGACUCUUUUUUUAUCUCCAGAAAUGGGGUAUUUCUACACCCUUAUUUAAUGUAAUAUUUCUUCUAUCAUUUUGAAGUUUACUUUGGAGUAGAUUGGUUGCUUCUGAGAACACAUUCUGCCCUCCUGGGAAUUCCGGGUGUCACCCUUUGCUCUGUUUGAUGUGAGGUAGUUUAAAGAGAGGACUUCCUGUGAAGCUCCAGCAUUGGCUCCCCUUGAAUUGCUGCAGUGCGAGAGGUUCUAAAGCAGGGAGCUGCAGCCCCUCACCAUCGGUGUGUGCGGUGCCGUUAGUGAAGAUCCUCAUGGUAUGAUAGGGCGAGUCUGUGAGUGCAAAGUACCAAUCAAGGUGUCUUAAAUUUGGUGCAUAAAGGAGAGAAGGAGACUUGAUGAAUAGUGUCCACAUGAGUGAAGGUCCAGGUCACCAGCCUCUGUACGCUGCCUUUGGUUUCAGCAGUUCUUUGAAAAGCAGACACUCGAAUGUCCUGUCCAUUCAUUCAGCUGGCUGUGCUGUACUGUGGGCCAGCCGUGUGGAUCUCCAGCCUGGCUGCAGCAGAAUACAUUUUACCAGCAAACCUAACAGUAUCCACAUCUGAAAACCACCACACCAUGUCAGGAAUCAUAAAUUAUGCAUCUCUAUGAAUUUUCCAACAAAUUCCUGUUUCCUGAUUGGAUUGGUUUUGCCUCUGAUGACAAGGUACCCAGCUUCUUAGUUCAAAAAGAAUUCUGGAUCGGGUGCGGUGGCUCAUGCCUGUAAUCCCAGCACUUUGGGAGUCCAAGGUGGGCUGAUCACGAGGUCAGGCGAUUGAGACCAUCCUGGCUAACAUGGUGAAACCCCAUCUUUACGGAAAAAAAAAAAAAAAAAAAAAAAAAAAUACAAAAAAUUAGCCAGGCAUGGUGGCAUGUGACUGAUGUCCCAGCUACUUGGGAGUCUGAGGCAGGAGAAUCACUUGAACCCGGGAGGCGGGGGUUGCAGUGAGCUGAGAUUGCACCACUGCACCACUCCAGCCUGGGUGACGGAGCGAGACUCCAUCGCAGAAAAAAAAAAAGGAGGGAAUUCUGAGUUAUUCAAACACUAGUCUAGAGGUGGACACUGUCAGGGAUUCUGGAAUGGGACCAGGGGACCUUUUGAUGCCCGUUAGACAUGACGGAGGCAGCGCUUCUGCGGAGUGCACCUGGGUCACCUGCCCUGAUCGUUGUCAUUUUAACAGCUCACUUCCUUUCACUUAGUUUAGAUUGGUAGUGGGGGUUGCUUGAUAGAGGUUUUUACUCUCUAUUUUGAGAAGGUAGAAAGUAAGAAGGCCCAUAUUCAUUUUGCCAUGAAAUGAAUGAAUUAGGAAGAUUGUGUUUACUUAACUUUUUAAACACACGUUUAAUGAAAUAAACUGUAAAAUAUCCAGUUUUGUGUAUUAUAUGUACAUUUGAUUUUUAAUAGCCUUUCCAAAGAAAUGAGGGCACGAUUACUGUACAGUAAGUACUGUGACUGAGUUAAUUUGAUGUUCUUAUAAACAUAUUUAAUGACAGUGGUUCUUGUGUUUUGCUCUUUUAUUUCUGAAGCACUCAAACACCUUACGAGGUGCUAAGUAGGUAAUAGUGACCCAACGUGUUUGCUAAAUGAUCGUUUGUUUAAAUCUGUACAGUUUAAGUGUUCACUUAUACAAAGAGUGUAUAUACUUUCAGGUAAUUUAAAAUGCUUUAUAUUAUUUGGCUAGAGAUUGCUGUUUUUAAUAAAUGUGAAUUUUUUAAAAAUAAAGAUUUUUGCUUCCUA